ACAACGGAUGGAGUGGGUUUAGUAUUAAAAGGCGGCCUUCGAAGCAAUUACGAUGUUGUAAUUAAGCACAGUUUUAAAUUCCCUACUGUGAUCUAUACAUAUAUAUAUGAGAGAAUCAACUACAGAACGUUUGAAGUAUCGUUAAGCAGUUGACGCAAGCCGUGUAAAAGUGAGCGAGUCGAUGCAACACAAUUGAAGGAAAUUGACCGCAUGUUAAUGGGACAACCAUGGAGUCACAAAAUACUACGCAAGAGCUAUUCAGUACUGUAGUUUCGACUUUGCUGGAAGUUUCCAAGUCUCAAUCGGAAACUGUACCUACAGUGACAGAAUCUACAACCAUAGAGGCGACAGUCACUUCUGAAAAGGGAUUAAAUGAAGAAGCAUUUCGAAUUACGGUUGGUAGCAUUUUGAACGGAACUACGGUGCGUGAGGACGUCGAAAUUUUGACAUCAGCCUCAAAUUCUGAGGAUACAAACAACACAGUCCCAGUAAAAAAUGAUACCUUUACUUCGGUGACACCUGCGAUAAAUCACUCAACUACAACCGAUAUUUCACUGGCUGAGCUGACAACCUCUUCUGAUACUGACAUAGAAACAUCGACGAACAUACUUUCUGAAUUCACCACCUACAUUAGCACCCAAAACAAUAGUCAACCAGUUGAAUUUGAAGAAAACGAGUCUACUACAAUUUCAGUAAGUUCGUCUACACUUACAGCAACUUCAGGGCCAGAAACUACACACCAUAUUGGCCUGACAUCUGCUGCUUCAGAAUCUACAAUUAUGUCAACGUUUGAAGGUUCCGGCGUUGGCGAAAUAUCAACGACCACAACAGAUGCAAAAUCAACAUCAGUUCCUAAAGAACAAACUACUUAUGAAAGUGUGACAACUUCUUACGUCAUAAGUACUCCUCCGGGCCAGGAAAGUACCCAAGCUUCGCUUAUUCCAAACAAAUCAACAAACGCAUUCUACAAUUCGACGGCAACCGUCUCUACUAAAGGCAUAGAAUCUACUUCUUCUGCUGCUCUCAUAUGGGGUUUACAGCCUCUGCAUUUGGGUCUCAUCAUAGCUGGAGCGGUCGUAGCAAUAGUUGUAAUUCUUCUCGUGUUGCUGUUUUACUGCAAGCGUCAAAAACAGUUGAAUGAAAUAAAACAUAGUAAAUCCGCAAGCGAUGCGUGGAUAACCAGACCGGGAUCAUCAGGGGUGGCACUGACCGAUAUAACGUACCGAAAUGGAUACGAUUUCGAAAAAGGAGAAUCUGGUUUGGAAGGAUUAGCACAAGCACCAGUGGUCAAUAUAUUCGCUUCAAACAAUGCAGCAUUUGAUGGAGAUGGAGCUUCCUCAGAGGUUGCUUGUUCGCCGUCGCAUCGUGAUACCAUAGCUGCUCGUAACAAGGAGGCAUUUUCCUCGCCAGAAAAAAGUCGCAACAAAAAUUUAACCCCAGCACAGAUUCCAGUCUUGUCUCCAACAAAGGGAAUAUCAGAUCAUUCAUCAGUGAAAAGUGAACAGGCAUCACUAAAUAAUUCCGUUGGUGUCUCGAGCGAUGAUGAGAGCGGGCGCCAGAAAUCAUUUCUGCACCAGUCAUCUUUCUCGCCGAAAAAGACAAAAAAUGACACCGAUUGUUCGUCGCCGGAUUUAAUUCCACCUUCAGAUGCUCCUCCACCACCACCAGCGCCUCCACCGCCACCUGCAGCAAGCGCAUCCCUCACGCCCGACUUGUCACAGGCUACUACGGGAUCUUCUUCAAUUCCUCCUGCUCCGCCGCCACCCCCCGCCAUAUAAAGGCAUUAGAUGAACUGGUCUUCACCAAUAUUAUAUUUCGAGAUCACGAUGAACAAAAAGUGAUUGAACACUUCAAAAAUGAAUAUCGAUUAUUAGGAAAUCUUCUUUUGAUAAUUUACGAUUUAAGGCAUUGAGCUUUGUCGAUUACUUUACUUCACACGAUUAUUAGAAUGUGGUAUUAUAUCUUUGGAAUAACAUGCACAAGCAUAGUUACCAUUCCAAAAACAUACGUGGAAAUUAGAAAUAUAAUAUUACUUCAAAAUUCAGAAUAAAAAUAACAGAAAUAUAAAUUGAUUUACUGCUUAUUUGACAAGAAGGUUCAAAUUUGGCAUAACUAUUUUAAAGUUAUUACUAUUGUUGUUGUUUAUUCAUUUUUGUAUCUUGUUUUGUCGGUGAUGGUAUUCAUGUUUUAUUUUUCUAUUACCAAGAUUAAAAUAUUGCUUAUUAAUUAUUACUUACUAUUCGUUAUUGAAAUAUCUUCUGUCGUUUAAUAGUUUGAAAUUAAAAUUUAUAAAUUGA